AUGCUCAAAGAACUGGGUCGAUUAGAAGAAUCAAUCAAACUGCUUGUGGAUGUUGCUUCUACGAUCCGUACUCGUCGUGUUGCUCGUGGUGGUUUGGAAUUAGACAGUAUCGAAAUCAGUGUGCGUUUUGCCGAUCCGGAAACGCGAUCUGGCAAGUUGGAAGAUCUUGUCCCGAAAGAGCCGUUGGAAAUGCAUAGCACCGUCGCGGAGCUGAUGAUUUUUGCCAACCAUUGGGUCGCUCGACGCUGUUUGGAAUCUUAUCCGGAACGUUCGUGUCUACGUCGUCAUCCACCACCACGUCCGGAAUUUUUCGACGAGUUGCAGCGUUGUGCCGCCUCCCGCGGUCUUCGUGUGGAUAUUGAGUCCAAUUGUUCCCUGGGGCAGUCUCUUGCAGCCGCGGAUGAUCCUAAUGAUCCGGAGUCGUUCUGA